AUGGCGACAACGUUAGUGUCGGAUGAGAAUGUGGUUGUUUUAGAUGGUGGAACUGCAACUCAACUGAUUGAAAUGGGAUAUGAUAAGCUAAAUGAUGAUCCAUUAUGGUCUGCUACACUUCUUAAGACUAAUCCCGAUGAAAUCAAGAAAGUUCACAAACAGUUUUACCAAGCUGGAGCCGAUAUAUCUAUAACAACAUCUUAUCAAGCAUCAGUAGAGGGAUUUAAAGAACAUCUUUGUCUUACUGAACACCAGGCAAUAGAACUGAUUAAAGAUAGUGUUAGACUAGCUAGAUCCGCUGCUGAUGAGGUUGAAAAAGAACAAGGACGGAGAUGUUAUGUGGCCGGUUCUGUAGGACCAUAUGGAGCAUGUUUACAUGAUGGAUCAGAAUAUAGUGGCAAUUAUGUUGACGCCAUGUCACUUUCAGAGCUAUCAUCCUGGCAUCGUUCCCGACUGAAAGCUCUGGUAGACGCCGGUGCUGAUUAUAUAGCCAUUGAAACCAUUCCAGCUUUAAAAGAAGCUAAAGCAAUUUUAACAGCUUUAGAAGAAUUUCCCAAUUCCAAGGCAUUUGUCAAUUUUUCCUGCAAGGACGGAAUGUCUACUUGUCAUGGUGAGAAGCUAGCUGAUUGUAUACAAGCAGUGUUUGAAUCAGACCAAGUUAUAGCUAGUGGUAUUAACUGUACACAUCCUCAAUAUAUUACAUCUUUACUAUCAUCUCUACCAUUAGAUACUCCCCAUAAACCUUAUAUAGUUAAACCUAACAGCGGAGAGGAUUGGUUUCCCGGUAAAGGUUGGUGUACACGGGAUAAAAGUCUUCACUUUCUGUCUAAAAUGGUAGAAGACUGGAUCAAACAUGGAGCUAACUGGAUUGGUGGAUGCUGUCGGAUCUUUCCAGCCGAUAUUAAGGAUAUACGCCAAACUUUGGAUGCGAAUCCUGACAUUUCCUUGAAGGGGCCUGAAGUCUAA